AUGCUACCCAAAAAGGCUCCAUUUUACUGUCUAGUUCUCGGUAAACCUGAAACUUCUGCUUUUCCGGUUAGAUAUAAUAAUAACCAUACCAUAGGCGAGAUUAGAGAAAUUAUAGAACAAAAAAUUGGGAUUCCUGAUCAAUCAAAAUGUCAACAUUCACCACCUUUUGCCGAUCAUAUUCACCUCAUUGUCAUUAUACUUGCUGUUCCUAUUACUGCUACUGGGAGAGUUAAUGUAAUUAUUGCUAGACUUGACAAGAUUGUUAAGAAUGUUGAAGAUAUGAAGAGAGAAAAAUCUUCAAUACAAAUAUAA